AGAAGCAGCAGCAGCAGCGGAUGGGAGCCGUGCAGACUUGUUUGUGAAGUGGAAAAACAAACAGUACGACUAAAUUUCCGCGUUACCGUCUCCCGGGAAUUUAAACCAGUUGCGGAAAAGUCCAGAUGGCGGCUGUAAGCGGUGUGAGCAGGAUGUCUGGGCUCUGUUUUCAUGCUGCUCGUCAAACGGCUGCACUGAAGGCGCUGCGGCCGAUGACGCGUAGGUCCUUCAGAGUCACUGCGGCGCACCAGCAGCAGCCCUUUGACUCCUCUCUGGAAAAGCCCCAGUUUCCAGGAGCCUCUGCAGAGUUCGUGGACCAUCUUGAAUUCAUUCAGCCCAACGUUAUUUCUGGGAUCCCGGUGUACCGGGUGAUGGACAGGCAGGGCAACAUAAUCAACGCAUCUGAAGACCCUCAGCUCUCCAAAGAGACCGUUUUAAACUUCUACCAGAAGAUGACGCUGCUGAACACGAUGGACCGGAUUCUCUACGAGUCUCAGCGGCAGGGUCGGAUCUCCUUCUACAUGACCAACUAUGGAGAAGAGGGGACGCACAUUGGCAGCGCUGCAGCCCUCGAGUCCAACGAUCUGGUUUUCGGUCAAUACAGAGAAGCCGGGGUUCUGAUGUACCGUGGUUUCCCUCUGGAUCUCUUCAUGGCUCAGUGUUACGCCAACGCCGACGACCUCGGGAAGGGCCGGCAGAUGCCCGUCCACUACGGCAGCAAGGAUCUGAAUUUCGUCACCAUCUCGUCUCCGCUGGCCACGCAGAUUCCUCAGGCGGUGGGAGCUGCGUACGCGCUGAAGCGGGAGAACAUGAACCGAGCCGUGAUCUGUUACUUCGGGGAGGGAGCGGCCAGCGAAGGGGACGCGCAUGCCGGAUUCAACUUCUCCGCGACUCUCGAGUGCCCGCUGAUAUUCUUCUGUCGCAACAACGGCUACGCGAUCUCCACCCCGACCAACGAGCAGUACAGAGGAGACGGCAUCGCCGCUCGUGGGCCUGGUUACGGCAUGCUGUCCAUUCGCGUUGACGGGAACGACGUGUUCGCCGUGUACAACGCCACAAAGGAAGCACGGCGCAGGGCCGUGGCUGAAAACCAGCCUUUCCUGAUCGAGGCGAUGACCUACAGAAUCGGCCACCACAGCACAAGCGACGACAGCUCGGCCUACCGCUCGGUGGACGAGGUGAACUACUGGGACAAGCAGGACCACCCCAUCUCCCGGCUGAGGCACUACAUGACGGCGCGCGACUGGUGGAGCGAGGACGACGAGCGCAGCUGGAGGAAACAGUCCCGCAAGACCGUGAUGGAGGCGUUCGAGCGGGCCGAGAGGCGCCUGAAGCCCAACCCCGAGCUGCUGUUCACCGACGUGUACGAGGAAAUGACUCCCAGCCUGGACAAGCAGAGGGAGUCCAUGUUCAGACACAUCCAGCAGUACAAAGAGCAUUACCCCGUCGACCUGUAUGAAAAAUAACCGCAGCUGUGGCGACUCUAGAUGUGAACAAAUGUAGUGUGAGGACUGCUGCACACCACAUAUACUGUAUUAAUAUAGCAGUUUGCUUUCAAAACGCAUCAUUUCUAAUUGUUUUUUUGGUGCCUUAUAUGGUAGAAGUAAACGCCACAUCUCACACGAAUGAAAUACUUCCAGGAACUUUGGGUUUCUUUUAAGUUUUAGCUCAAAGGGAGGCAUCAAAUGUGGCUCUAAUCAAACAGGAUCUAGAGAUUUCACGCCUUUUGUAAUCUUCCAUAGAACGGUCGAUAAGCAGGUUUGUGUGUCGUUGUGGUUCUCCGAAUUCCUCUGUAGCACCUUCUCCAAACCACUUUUGUUUUUGUUCGUUGGGAUGCUGUUACACACUGUCCGGUUCAACCAGACCUGUCUGUUCAAAUAAAUGAGUUGGUUUGUUGAAAAACUGCA